AUGAGCGGCGUCGCCGUGGCUGAAGAUUGCUUGUCGGUGUUUAACAAAGUAAAGAUGCGCUCGAACGGUUUGCAAUGGGCAACGUUUCGAGUCGAGGAGAACGAAGGUUCGGUGUUGACGGCAGCCACGGGCGAAGUCUCGGGAGAUUACGACGAUUUUAUCGCCGCAUUACCGGAGAGUGAAUGCCGAUACGCGAUUUACGAUUAUAAGUACGUGAACGCGGACGACUGCGAGUUCAGUAAGCUCGUCUUCGUCGUGUGGAAUCCCGAUUCGGCGCGAUUGAAGAAUAAAAUGCUGUACGCCUCGACGAAAGACUUCUUCAAGUCGCGAUUGUCGGGGAUUGCGGUCGAAAUUCAAGCCACGGACUACGACGAGGUCAGCGAAGCGGAACUGCGUGAGAAUAUCGGCAUCACGCUGACGCGAAAGUAG